AUGGCGACCCGACGGGCGGCGCGCAGCCGCUGGGAGCGGGGGGACGACCCCGCGGCGGCGUCCGCGGCCGAGGCGGAGGCGGAGGCGGCCUCCCCGCCGGUCCUCUCGCUCGGCCACUUCUGCCGGUCGCCCUUCGUGUCCUUCGGCGACGUCCGCGUGGGGGCCUCGCGCACGCGGCCGCUGCUGCUGCUCAACCCGCACGACGAGGUGGCCGAGGUGCAGGUCCGCGCCCCGGCCGCCGACCUGGGCUUCAGCGUGGAGCCGCGCCGCUGCGAGCUGCGGCCUAAAGAGAAGAUUGUUAUUUCUGUUAACUGGACACCAGUGAAAGAGGGCCGAAUAAGAGAGAUUGUGACAUUUGUUGUUAAUGAUAUUCUGAAACACCAAGCUAUAUUACUAGGGAAUGCUGAAGAACAAAAAAAGAAAAAGAAGAGCCUUUGGGAUACCAUUAACAAGAAGAAAAUUCCAGUCUCUUCAACUCACCAUAAAAAGAUAUCAACUACUCAAAAUAUCAAUGAAACAUUUAAUGUUUCCCAAAAAGGAGCCAGAGUUAGGAGCCCCCUGCAGGCUUGUGAGAAUCUCACUACGAAUGAAGGCUGCUCUCCAACAAAAAGCAAUUCUUUAACUCUCGAAGAAAAUAAAAUACCUAUAUCACCUAUCAGCCCUGCUUUCAAAGAGUGCGGUGGUGAAACCUGCUUGCCACUUUUUCUACGUCGGUCUACUGCCUACUCGUCUCUUCCUGCCUCUGAAAAUGGUGACCACCUAGAAGGAGCUGGUAAUUCAAAAGACUUUCAUUUCAAUGAGAAAGUCAUAACUGAAACUUCCUUUGAUUCCAUUACGAUGAAUGGUUCAAGUGAAGAGAAUAGUAAACUUAUCCAUACCCCAAAUUCUUCUUCACCUUUGACCUUUAUACAAAACCAAGGACAUUUUCUAAGUCCAGAUUCUUUUGUAAAAAGCAGCCAGGCAGCUAAUAAUGAACCAGGAUUAAUGCCACCUCUCUCAGCCAACACAUUUGUGAAGGACAGUUUGAAGGCAGUGUGUUUGGAAUCCAAAAUCAUACCUGAAAUUUGCCCAACAAUUUUAAGUCCAGAUUCUUUUGUAAAGGAUAAUUACGGGCUAAAUCAAGACCUACAAUCAGGAUUCAUCCAUCCUGUUUUAUCCCCAAGUCAAUUUGUAAAAGAUAACAGGGCACACGUAUCUAUAUCUCAGCAAACAGGCAAACCGUUAACAAACCAAAGUUCUCAGGUCCUACGGUGUUCUCAGGAUUUGGAAGAAAGUGGAAUUUUACUGCACAUUCCUGAACGUCAGCAUUCAAAAAUUCCCGAGGAGAUUUCUGAGGACUUAGAAUCUGUAGAAGCAAAGUCAAACUGUUACAGGUGUACAGAACAGACUCGUCCUGCAUUUUGUGCUCUUCAAGAUGUUCCUAAGCAGGGCCACAACAAACAACCUAAGAAACGUCCUAUACUCUCUGCCACUGUGGUUAAAAGGAAGCCCACCUGUGCCCGGGAAAGCCGAACGGACAUCCCUAAGCCGCCAACAAGAUGUCUCAACAGUGUGAUGGGUGAGUGUGAAAAGAUGAUAGGUGACCAGAGAGAGGGCUCCACGCUUCCCCAUCUUCCGGUUAUCGAUCCCGGCCUAAGGCCAUUGGACAGUUUCGCAUAUGAAAUCACCCCGCUGGUCGCCCGGAAGCGGAAGAGUGAUGGAGGAGUGGGAGACCAAGAUGGGAAGGAUGCCCCCACAGAACGUUCGGAAGUGCGUGAAGUUAAAAGAAUCCAUUUUUCUCCCUCGGAAUCUAAAACACCAACUGUUACAAAAAACAAAAAGAUGGUAACCCCCGUCUCCAAACGUAUUUGCAGCAGGGAGAAGUCAAGCCUGAAGAAGAAAUCUGAUGCAUUGGCAUUUAAAACGCCUCUUUCUAAAACAAGCAAAAGGAGAAAGCGCAUUAUUGCUGUGGCACAAUCUAAUCUGACCUUCAUCAAGCCAUUAAAAACAGCUAUGCCUAGGCACCCAAUGCCAUUUGCGGCCAAAAACAUGUUUUAUGAUGAACGCUGGAAGGAAAAGCAGGAACAGGGCUUCACCUGGUGGCUGAAUUUCAUAUUGACUCCUGAUGACUUCACGGUCAAAACAAAUGUUCCUAAAGUAAAUGCUGCUACUCUUCUUCUGGGGGUAGAGAACCCACAUAAAGUAAGUGUGCCUAGAGCACCUACGAAGGAGGAAGUGUCUCUCAGAGCUUACACUGCCCGCUACAGGCUGAAUAGGUUGCGGCGCGCAGCAUGCUGUUUAUUUACAUCGGAGAAAAUGGUUAAAGCCAUUAAAAGGCUCGAAAUUGAAAUUGAAGCCGGGCGGUUACUGGUUCGAAAAGAUAGACACCUCUGGAAAGAUGUGGGUGAACGACAGAAAGUUCUGAAUUGGCUAUUGUCGUAUAAUCCUUUGUGGCUUCGAAUUGGCCUUGAGACUAUUUAUGGAGAACUCAUAUCUUUGAAAGACAACAGUGAUGUCACUGGAUUGGCUGUGUUUAUUCUGAAUCGCUUACUUUGGAAUCCUGAUAUCGCAGCUGAGUACAGACAUCCCACCGUGCCUCAUCUCUAUAGAGAUGGUCAUGAAGAAGCUUUGUCCAAGUUUACAUUGAAGAAAUUACUGCUCUUGGUCUGUUUCCUUGAUCAUGCUAAAAUUUCCAGACUUAUCGAUCAUGAUCCUUGUCUCUUUUGUAAAGAUGCUGAAUUCAAGGCCAGUAAAGACAUUCUUCUGGUGUUUUCACGGGAUUUCCUGAGUGGCGAAGGGGAUCUUUCCCGUCACCUGAGCUUAUUGGGAUUUCCUGUGAGCCAUGUCCAGAUGUCAUUUGAUGAAUUUGACUUUUCUGUCACAAAUCUUGCUGUGGAUUUGCAGUGUGGGGUGAGGCUUGUGCGAACCAUGGAACUUCUCACACAGAACUGGAAUCUUUCAAAGAAACUCAGGAUUCCUGCAAUAAGUCGUCUUCAAAAGAUGCACAAUGUUGAUAUUGUGUUUCAAGUUCUUAAAUCAAGAGGAAUUCAAUUGAGUGAUGAGCAUGGAAACCCUAUCUUAUCUAAGGACAUAGUGGAUAGGCACAGAGAAAAGACUCUUGCGUUGCUUUGGAAAAUUGUCUGUGCUUUUCAGGUGGAUAUUUCCCUUAAUUUAGAACAGUUAAGGGAAGAAAUUGAUUUCCUAAAACGCACACGGAGUAUAAGAAAAGCAAUGUCUGCACUAUCAUGUCAUUCCGAUGCCACUGUGAACAAGCAAAAAGACAAAAGGAAUAGUGUUCUCCUUGAACAAUACAGUGACAGUGUGAAGUUGUUGAUGGAGUGGGUAAAUGCUGUGUGUGCCUUCUAUAAUAAGAAGGUGGAGAAUUUCACCGUGUCUUUCUCAGAUGGCCGUGUGUUAUGUUAUCUGAUCCACCAUUACCAUCCUUGCUAUGUGCCUCUGGAGGCUGUAUGUCAGCGUACCACCCACACUGUGGAGUGCACAUACACUGGCUCUGUGGUCUUAAACUCCUCGUCCGAAUAUGAUGAUAGUGCUCUGGAGGUGUCUUUUCAAACACUGGAUCAUGAAAAUACUUCUGAACUACACAAAGAGCUUCUAGAAAAUGAAAAGAAGAAUUUUCAUUUGGUGACGGCUGCAGCAAGAGACCUUGGUGGAAUACCUGCAAUGAUCCAUCAUUCAGAUAUGUCAAAUACAAUUCCCGAUGAAAAGGUUGUUAUUACUUAUUUGUCAUUCCUCUGUGCAAGGCUUUUGGAUCUUCGUAAAGAGAUCAGGGCUGCUCGACUCAUACAGACAGUUUGGAGAAAACAUAAGCUAAGAAAAGAUCUAAAACACUAUCAGGAGCGAGACAAAGCUGCAAGAAUUAUCCAGAAAGCUGUAAUCCAUUUUCUAAACAGACGGCGAUGGGAAAAAGAGGUUACUGCUGCACUGAUCCUUCAGAAAUGUUGGCGAAGAGUUUUAGCACAGAGACAGUUAUUACUCUUAAAAAAGGAAAAACUGGAAAAAAUUCAAAGUGCAUCUGCAACAAUAAUUCAGGCGUAUUGGAGAAGAUAUUCCACCAGAAAAAGAUUUUUGAGUUUGAAGUAUUAUUCAGUCUUCCUUCAAUCCAGGAUAAGAAUGACAAUUGCUGUUACAUCUUAUAAAAGAAAACGUUGGGCCACAGUUACAAUACAGAGGCAUUGGCGUGCUUGUGUACAAAGAAGAAAAGAUCAACAAAGAUAUAAACUGCUGAAAUCUUCAUCCCUUGUAAUCCAGUCCAUGUUUCGAAGAUGGAAGCAACGGAAAGUUCAACGUGAAGCAAAAGCUGCAGUAACCUUGCAAAGAGCUAUUCGAAAAUGGCGCGUCCGGAAACAAGCGAAGACAAGGUCUGCCAUCAUCAUACAGUCGUGGUACAGAAUGCACAGGCAGUUACAGAAGUAUGUGUAUACUAGAUCUUGCAUUGUUGUCAUUCAAAGAAGCUUUCGGUGCUUUCAAGCCCGCAAGUUAUAUAAAAGAAAGAAAGGAUCUGCCCUGACUCUGCAGAAGUACUUCAGAGCCUACCUGAAGGGCAAGGCUGAGCGCGCCAGCUACUUACAGAAGCGAGCUGCGGCCAUCCGGCUGCAGUCUGCUUUCAGGAGAAUGAAAGCUCGCCACAUGCACAGGCAAGCUAGAGCUGCUUGUCUGUUGCAGUCAUACUGGAGAAUGAGACGGGACAGACUUCGCUUUUUAAAUCUUAGGAAGACGGUUAUCAGAUUGCAGGCGUGUGUGAGAAGAAAUCAGCAGUUGCAGAAAUACAGGAAGAUGAAGAGAGCUGCUGUCAUAAUUCAGACUCAUUUCCAAGCUUGUGUUUCAGCCAGGAGAGUUCGAGUAGCCUACCAAAAGACGCGGUCUGCUGUCAUCGUUCUCCAGUCCACCUACAGAAGGCUGAAAGCCAGGAGUGCGUUUCUUCAUAUCCGCAAAUCUGUCAUAAAGAUUCAGUCGUAUUUCCGGGCUUAUAUUUCAAGAAAGCAAUUUCUGCUCCUAAGAAACACUGCCAUCAAGUUGCAAUCCAUUGUCAGGAUGAAGCAAGCCCGUGGACACUAUGCACAGUUAAGAGCGGCUGCCUUGUCGAUCCAGCGACGCUACAGGGCCAGCAAGCUGGCUGUGUGCAGGAGAAAGGAGUAUUUACAGGUGCGGGAGUCUUGUGUCACCCUGCAAGCUGUAUGUAGAGGGUGGCUGGUCCGCAAGCAGAUACGGACGCAGAGGCAAGCGGCGGUGGUCCUGCAGUCUUACUUCAGAAUGAGAAAGACGAGGCGGCACUACCUGCACACCUGCGCCGCAGCUCUACUCCUCCAGAACCGCUACCGCGCCCACAGAGCGCAGCUCACCCAGCGGAAGGCCUUCCUGCAAGUCAAGAGAGCCGCCACCUGCUUGCAAGCAGCCUACAGAGGGCACCGAGCUCGCCGGCUCAUCAAACGGCAGUCUGCCGCCGCUGCCAGAAUUCAAACUGCUUUUAGAGGCUACAUCCAAAGGGUGAAAUAUCAAUCUGUGCUGCAGUCUGCUGUCAAGAUCCAGAGAUGGUUCCGGGCACGCAAGGCCGCUCGGGAAUUAAGAACUCGCUUUUUAAAGGUAAGGGUGGCUACGAUUGCACUCCAGUCUGCCUGUCGGGGCUGGAAAGUCCGGAGGCAGCUGAGAGCGGAACACCGGGCUGCGGUGAAGAUCCAGUCUGUGUUCCGAAGGGUCCGGGCCCAGAGACAGUUUAAAUGCUGGCAAACGGCAGCCCUGGUCCUGCAGCAGCACCUGCGAGCGUGGAGGGCCGGGAGGCAGCGGCGCAGGGACUACAUUGAGCUCCGCCGUGCCACGCUGGUGCUCCAGGCCGCGUGGAGGGGGAGGACGCUGAGGAGGGAGCUCCGGAGGCGGCACGCCUGUGCCGUCGUCAUACAGGCCCACUACAGGGCGCACCUUCAACAGGGCAGGUGGAGGGCCAUCAGGACAGCCGCGCUCCUCAUCCAAAGGCAUUAUCGGGCCUACCGGAUUGGAAGGGAACAGCACCGUUGGUAUUUGCAAACCAAAGCAGCCGUCAUCACUUUGCAGUCAACUUACCGUGGGCUGAAAGUGAGGAAAAGAAUAAAGGAUUGGAACAAAGCUGCAGUCACUAUACAGUCUAACUACAGAACUCACCAAGCCCGGAAGAAAUACACAACUUACAGACGUGCUGCCGUUGUAAUUCAGAGAUGGUAUCGGAGCAUUCAAAUUGCAAACCAGCAGCGAAAGGAAUAUCUUCACCUAAAGCAAGCCGCGGUGACAAUCCAGGCUGUCUAUAGAGGCACCAGGGUGCGUCGGCAAAUCCAACACAUGCACAGGUCUGCCACUUGUAUUCAAGCAGUGUUUAAAAUGCAUCAGUCAAGGUCACGAUACCACGCAGUGAGAAGAGCAGCUGUUGUAAUUCAAGUAAAAUUCAGAGCCUAUCAUAAAGGCAAAACUCAGCGAGCAGAGUACCUCAGGGUUUUGAAGGCCACUCGUACUCUCCAGGCAAGUUUUAGAGGAGCAAGAGUCAGGCAGGCUGUGAGAAAGAGGCAGGUGGCAGCAACGCUCAUUCAGUCGUCCUAUAGAAGAUACAAGCAGCGCGCAUACUACACCAAGUUAAAGAAGGUGACACAGACAGUGCAGCAAAGAUACCGAGCCCUGAGGGAAGGAAGGAGACAGUUGCAGAGGUACAGCCGGCUCCGGUGCUGUGUGGUGCUCCUGCAGGCUGCUUACAGGGGGAGGAUGGCCAGGAGACGCGUGAAAGCGAUGCAUUCGGCUGCCGUUCGUAUUCAGAGGAGAUUUAGAACUCUGAUGCUGAGAAGAAAAUUCCUCUGUCUCCAGAAAACUGUGAUUUGGGUUCAAAGACAAUACCGUGCAAAGCUCUUUGCCAGGCAUCAGUCACAACAGUUUCUGUUGUUGCGAAGGGCAGUUGUUCAAAUCCAGUCAUCCUGUAGAGGGUGGAUAGUUAGGAAGAAGGUGCGAGAGAUGCACAGGGCUGCUACUUGCAUCCAGGCUGCUUUCAGGAUGCACAGAGCGCGUGUGAGAUACCAGGCCUUGAAACAGGCCUCCGCGGUGCUCCAGAAGCAACACCGGGCAAACAGAGCUGCUGCACGGCAGAGGUGGCAUUUUAUCAGACUAAGAAGGUCUGCUGUGAUCCUCCAAGCUGCCUUUAGGGCCAUGAAAGCCAGAAGACACCUGAAGAAGAUGCAUUCGUCUGCAGCCCUUAUUCAGAGCAGAUUCAGGUCUUUUGUGAUGAGGAAGAGAUUCAUUUCUCUCAAAAGAGCUGCUAUUUUUGUUCAGAGGAAAUACCGAGCCACCAUUUAUGCCAGACAUAAGAGGCACCAAUUCUUGGAGUUACGAAAGGCAGCUGUUACGAUCCAGUCAUCUUACCGGAGAUUGAUGGUGGAGAAGAGGUUGCGAACCAUGCACAGGGCCGCAGCUCUCAUUCAGGCCACUUUUAGAAUGCACAAAGCGUACGUGGUAUUUCAGCGGUGGAAACGUGCCUCCAUCCUAAUUCAACAGCGUUACCGAACGUACCGAGCUGCCAAAUUGCAAAGAGAGAAUUUUACUAGGCGAUGGCAUUCCGCUGUGGUCAUUCAGGCUGCCUAUAAAGGGAUGAAAGCAAGACAGCUCUUAAAGAAAAAACACAGGGCUGCUGUCAUCAUACAAAGCACAUAUCGAAUGUCUAAGCAGCGUUGUUGUUACCAGAAGCUUCAGUGGGCUACACGAGUAAUACAAGAAUAUUAUAGAACAAAUAAAAAACUGAAAGCUCUUCAGCUCCAUGCAAGUUGUACUGAUACAAGUUUUCAAGUCAUGACCAGAAGGAAACAGGCUGAGAAAGAACAUGAGGCCGCCAUUGUUAUUCAGAAGCAUUUCAAAGCCUGUAAAACAAGGAGACGUUAUCUCCGCCUUAGAGCAACAGUUGUUUCUGUCCAGAGAAGGUACAGAGCAUUAGCUGCAAGACAUUCCCAAGCAGCUGGCUCGGUAGAGCCAUCUUUCAGAGGAUUUAAGGAAGCAGAGCGUCCAGUGCAGAGAGCCGCAGCGCCCGUGCAAAGCACUCCUCCCGCCCUGCGCACGCGGGAGCGCGCUGCCCUGCGCCUCCAGUCCUUCCUGCGCAUGGCUCUUCACCGCAGGAGAUUUCUUCGGCAGAAGAGAGCUGCGGACACCUUACAGCAGCAUUUCAGGACCUGGAAAGCCCGCAAACAGUUUUUACUAUAUAGAAAAGCUGCGGUGGUUUUACAAAACCGCUACAGAGCCGUUCUGGCUGCAAAACAUCAAAGACAAGUUUAUUUACAAACCAGGAGCUGUGUUAUCAUUAUUCAAGCUGCAAUAAGAGGAUUCAUACAGAAAAGGAAGUUUCAGAAUAUUAAGAAGAGUGCCAUAAAAAUGCAGGUUGCAUGGAGAAGAUACAAGGCAAAGAAAUACUUGUGUAAAGUGAAUGCCGCCUGCAAGAUUCAAGCCUGGUAUAGGGGUUGGAGAGCACGCAGAGAAUAUCUAGCCCUAUCAAACGCUGUUAGAAUUGUUCAGCGUUGCUUCCAUGCCAAGCAGGAGAGGACCCGGUUUUUGAAGAUGAGAACAUCAGUAGUUAUCAUACAGAGAAAAUGGAGAGCAACACUUUCUGGAAGAGUUGCUCAUGAACAAGUCAUGGAAAAAGGUUUAGAACAGAAAGCCCGCGUUAGCCUUCUUCCUUUCGCUGCAGCUGCGUUUUUCCACCUGUGUGCUCUUCGAAUCCAGAGAGCAUAUAGACUUCACGUGGCUCUGCGGAAUGCGCGGAGACACGUGGAUUCCGUCAUCUGCAUUCAGAAAUGGUUUCGGAAAAGAAUACAACAAAAAAGAUUGAUUGAAAUUGAGCGUGAGGCUCAAGAAUGUCUGAAACGCCAAAACGGAGCUGCGUCAGUAAUACAGAAAGCAGUGCGCCAGUUCCUUCUCUGCAAAAGACAGGAAAAAUUGAAUAGUGGAAUCAUCAAGAUUCAGGCAUUAUGGAGAGGUUACUCUUUCAGGAAAAAAAAUGAUUGUAAGAAAAUUAGAGCUAUACGACAAAGUCUUCAAGCUGUGAACCAGGAGAUUCGAGAAGAAAACAAGCUCUACAAAAGAACUGCGCUCGCUCUUCACUAUCUCUUCACAUCUAAGCACCUUUCUGUCAUUCUUGAUGCUUUAAAGAACCUGGAGGUAGUGACUAGAUUGUCUCCACUUUGUUGUGAGAACAUGGCGAAGAGUGGAGCAGUGUCUAAAAUAUUUGUUUUAAUCCGGAGUUGUAAUCGUAGUGUUCCUUGUAUGGAAGUCAUCAGAUACGCCAUUCAAGUCUUAUUUCAUGUUGCUAAGUAUGAGAAAACGACCUCAGCGGUUUACGAGGUCGACAACUGUGUGGACACGCUCCUGGAGCUUCUGCAGAUGUACCGAGAGAAGCCUGGCGACAGAGCGGCAGACAAGAGCGGCAGCAUCUUCACAAAAACGUGCUGCUUGUUGGCCGUUUUGUUGAAGACAAGAAAUCGAGCCUCUGAUGUAAGAAUUCGAUCCAAAGUUGUUGACUGUAUUUACAGUCUUUACAAACUCACCGCUCGUAAGCAUAAGGUGAAUACUGAAAGAAUACUUUGUAAACAAAAGAAAAGCGCUUCGGUCGUCAUCCCCUUGCUUCCAGAAACCCCCAUGAGGACCAGGAUAGUCUCCAGGCUGGAACCGGCUUGGGUUUUGAGAAGAGACAGUAUGGAUGAAGUGAAGAAUUCCCUGCAAGCUAUUCAAAUGCUGAUGGAUACACUUGGCAUUCCUUAUUAGUAAAUGUAACUAACUAUUUUCAGUGUGGACAGUCUAAAGAAUAUUGUAGCUGAUCAUGAGUAUGUAAAGUAUCUUCCUGCUUUUGCUGUAUAGUUUUUUAAAUCUGAGUUUGUAUUAAAAAUAAACACAUGUAUUUUUAGUAACU